AUGUUAUACUAUAUUAAAAAAAAGUGGAAAUUAUCAAAACAAGCAUGCGAGUUGUUUGUCCAGUGCUGCGAAACUUGUACUCGUAAAAAAGCUCUACCAAAGAAAGGCGUAGUUGUAAAACCCAUUACAACAAAUGGAUUUAACAUGCGAGAACAAGUAGAUUUGAUAGAUUUUCAGUCUUGUUGUGACGGCGACUUCAAAUGGAUAUUAAACUAUCAAGAUCACGCUACUAAAUUUCUCCAUUUGAGACCAUUAAAAAGUAAACACGCAAAAAAUGUAGCUGAUGAGCUUUCGAAAAUAUUUUUUACAUGGGGAGCCCCACAAAUCCUCCAAUGUGACAACGGUCGUGAAUUUGUUGCUUCGGUAGUGAAUGAACUGGCAGUUAUUUGGCCGCAUUGCAAAAUUGUCCACGGACGCCCUCGACAUCCACAAAGUCAAGGAAGUGUGGAACGAUCGAAUGCUGAUGUGGAGAAUAUGAUUCAAGCAUGGAUGGUUGAUAACAAGUCAUGA